AUGGAAACACAGUCAAGAACCGUGUUUGUCGCCAGUAUCCCGUUCGACUACACUGAAGAACAGGUGCUAGAUAUUGCCAAAUCGGUGGGUCCCGUGAACGACAUCAAGCUUAUCUUCGACCCAACUACCGGUAAGUCCAAGGGUAAUGCGUACAUCAGCUACGGUGACAGCGAGACGGCUGCCCUGGCGGUGAGAAACCUCAAUAACAUGAAUGUUGGCAACCGGUACUUGCGAUGUACGAUGGCCUCCGACGAAGAUGCGCAGAAUCAAGGACUUGGUGGGAAUGCAGGGAAACUACCGCCUUUGCCCUUGGGAGUGCAAUUGUUCCCGGGGCAAAAUGCCCAGCAGGCGAUCUCUGAUUUGCUUACAAGACUUGAUCUGCAAACUGCUGGCAAGCUCAUGAAGGAGGCCAAAGCCAUGAGCUUGGAGAACCCUGUGCUCAUGAAAAAGCUCUUGGACCAGUGUCCCCAGCUCUCACACGCUUUGGUCGAGACAAGCUUGAUGGUGAACUUGGCGAAUAAGAACCUUGUGGAGUUGUGUCUCAACAGAAGACACCCGGACUUGGACCACUUGACUAGGGACCACGUUGAGCUUCUCAAGUACGUGAAUGGCCUUACUGAAGAAGAGUUGGCUUCCUUAGAUGCAGACAAGCGGAAGGUAGUUAAACAGAUCCAGAAUGAGAUUAGCAAAGGCUCCUACGGUGCCAUCGAGACCUAG